CCUCAGAUGACGCAUUUUCCGCCAAGAUGGUCGUCGGUGCCUUUCCGAUUGCAAAGCUGCUCUAUCUGGGCGUACGACAAUUGAGCAAACCAGUGGCUAACAGAAUAAAAGCAGGCGCGCGGAGAAGUGGAUUCUUUAAGAAUUAUAUUUGCCUUCCUCCGGCCCAAGCGUAUCACUGGAUCGAGAUGAGAUCAAAGAUGAAAAUUAUGGGUUUCCGUGGCUCCGUCAUCAAACCUCUGAAUGAAGAGACCGCUGCAGAGCUUGGAGCAGAGUUGCUCGGUGAGGCUAUCAUCUUCAUCAUCGGCGGAGGCUGCAUGGUGUUUGAGUACAGCCGUCAGGCCACCAACUCCAGACGCAAGGAAGAGGAGUUUGCACAAACCAUUAACAACCUUCACACACAACUAGGAGAGCUUGCACUAGCCACAGAGACACUGGAUGCCCAGAUUAGAGAGGUUAAUAGACUUCUGUUGUCCCUCCCGGCUCCAAGUACCUAGUAACAAUGUAAAUCACUAAAAUACCCUUUCUAAGUCUAAAUCAAGAGACUGAUUUAUACAUAUCGGUAGUGGUGCAGCACUACCAUACACACACACACACACACAAAGUCUCGGUUAAGCCGUCCCACACACACACACACACACACACACACACACACAAGGAAAUCCAAGGCUAUAUAAACAAGGAAUGAUCGUGUGUGAUUAAAUGACCGGCCACCAGUAUAACACAAUUAAAGCUUCCUAUUCCUUAUUUGUUUAGUUGGAUGAUGCUGUUUUCAAUCGAAAGUUCUAGUUUUUUGAUGACAAUGUUAAAACAUUGGCAACGUUUGACCACUUAUCAUUCUGCUCAUCAGUUUGGAGGUUAUUUCAGAAGAUUUUCUUCAUAUAAGAUGCUGAUGGAGUUGGGCAUUCAUCAUUUAUUAAUGAUUUGAAAAUGCACUUUUUGAUACUUGAACGACGAAUUCCAUAUGGUAAAUAUGGAUGUGUCCCUCAGUAUAGGAACAGGGAGCCCAUCUCUCCCAUUACAGUAAAUUACUGCUGUAUUUAAUAUGCCAUUUGUAUAUGGGUGUAUAUAUAUGAUAGUAAAAUAAAGUGAAAUAUUCUGAUA